GGCUUGUGCGGCAGGCGCACACUUCUUUUAAAACAGGUAGCACGCGCGGCUCCGGCCAAUUGUUUUGGUUUUCGCGGCGGCGUAACCGGGUGUCCGAGAUAUUAUGUGCGCGCGUGUGUCGGCCGCCGAGGGUGCCGCGUCCGCCGACUGACGGCCCUACGGAAGGGACCCGCCUGCCAGUGACGACAUCGGACUCUUGGAUCCGCGGAGUUUCACCGACCUCUCUCGGGCUCCUCACCCGUGAACGAUUCGACUCGCGCGCUUCCUGCGUGCGCAGUGAUUAUGACCGGGACCUGCGCACGCGUUCCUCGCGCGCCCUCGGGACUCUAGCGGCCCACGGGUCUCCAGCGACCCACCCUUGUGUUUCCAGCGAACCCCGCCGCCCUUAAGGCUCCGGAUAGAAUGCGGUGACUUCGGCCGUGUUUCCGGUUCGCUCGACCGACCCGGCACCGAACUAGCUUUUCAUGGUACGGAAGAACCGCCGGUAUUCACGACGCCCCGCGAUCCGAACCACCCGCUGCGAGCGCGACGAAUUCCCGUGGCCCCGCGACCGGGGCGCCGGACCCCCGAACUUCCCGAAAAUGUGAUCGCACGGGGCGCCCCGCGCUCUGACCCCAUCACCCCACCCCCCGCGACGGAUUUAUCGUGGCCGGUGCGCGCGUGAUCCUUCCACGAAAAUGACGGCGGAGAGGUCGGUGGUGAUGUUCCUGUGCACGCUGCUGACCACCGUGAUCGUGCUGGUCCACGCGAGGGAUGCGACGACGACACUGGAGUACGACGACCCCGUUCCGGCGAACGAGACCACCGCCCGGCACCGCAUCGAUACAGAUUCCCCGGCGGCCGAGGGUCGGCAGGGUCGCGUGUCGCUGCAGACGGAGCCGGCGUCGUCGAAAGCGAAGCGGGAGCAGACGCUGCACAGUAUCCUGGCUGCGCGAAGGCGGCAGAUGUUCGGGCAGCGGCCGCUGGAAGUCCGGGCCCCGAAUCGGACCCCGAGGCCGGUGGAGCCGGGACUGAAGGACUCGUCAGACCUGCUGGAGGCGCAGGAGACGCGGCACGGGAUGUACGUGACGAUGUCCGGCGGCGAGAAAGAGGAGCCGCCGUUGUCGGAGAAUGAGGGCCCGACGACAGGGCCCACCGUUGAGCUCGUCACGAAGGAUGCCGAGCGGCAAACGACGACGGAGUCCGUCGCCGCAAGUACUAGCACCUCGACGAUACAAAAAAAUGCGACCACAACGAUCGGGCCCCCGUCGGGCCCAGCGGCGAAGGAGCCGGAGUCGCGGAAGAAGAACAUCGUGUCGAUGCCGGAGUCUCUGUACAACUACUUCCGGCCGGUGGAGAGCAACAUCCCGGUGGAGGACAUGUCUCAGUUCCUGUACUUCGGCCAGAAGAUCCAGCCGGAACCGCGAAACGGCACGGCGAACGACACGUUGGGCCCAACGACGGCGACGAGUUCUAGACGCAGGUACUCGAUGAAGCGGCUGGGCCUGACGACGCCGUUGCCGCAGCUGGAGGAAACGAACGACGAGAUGAAUGUCGCGGUGGAGCGACAGUCGGCGCAGAGUCCCAAGGUCGCGAAGCUGAAGGGCCCGUACAGGGGCCCGGAUGGCGGGCCGUUCUACCGAAAGGGCAGGCCGACGGAUCCGACGAUCGCGUCGAACGUGAUCGCGACGGCGGACGUCGCGGUCGUGGGGAACGGGACGGGUCAGGCCGGGGACCCGUCCGCUCACGCCGCCCAGGCCCAGCUGCGUCGCGAGAGAGGAAGUGCCGCUGCCCACGUGGCCGCUGAAACGCGGAAUGCGGCCGGCGGACCGGGGAGCGCCGCGACCCAGAUACCGGGCCGGCAGCCAGUUUCCGCGGACGCGGACAAGCCGGUCGGGGAAAGUGAAAUCGGUUUUCGGGCCCCGGCGGGCCCGUCGGCGAACGGCGUGGACGCCGCGGCGGAGAACUCGUCGACGGACGGGACCCGGUCCGAGGAGGCCCCGGAGAUGUACGGAGACCACACGGAGCAGAUAAGGCGGUUCGACGUGUACGAGCGGGGGGAGGGGGGCCCGGAGCAGCCGCGGUCCCGCGAGAGCAACAACAUCGAGACGUCGACGUCGCGGGACAAGGCGGGCCGGCCGCCGACGACGGAGCCGUUCCGAGUUGAGUGGACGUCCCCCGGGACGUCCACGCUGCGGAUAAUCGUGACCGACGUGGGCCCGGGGGAUCGAUAUACCGUUAAACCGGUCGAAUCCGCGGCAAAACGAGUGCGCGGUGGGCCUCACGGCGACGGUGCCGCCGCGAGCGGCGCUGCCGAGCCGCAGAGCGACGCAGCGGCCGAGGGAACGACGACGGCGACGAGGCCCCGGCACCGGGAGCCGAAGCAGCGGACAGGGAAGGAGCAGGGCGGCGCGGGGGAUCGGGAGCAGCGUCGACAUCAGGAACAACAGCAGCAGCACGUGUACGCUUACACGAUAACGAACGUGACGCGGCUGUUGCGCAACUACACCGGACCUGGGCUAAGCAGAGAGGAGCACGGAGGUGCCGGCGGCGCGGCCGAGAUAACGACCGGAUCGGCGCUGCGCCGUCAGCCACCGGCGCAGCCGCCGCAGCCGCCGCUGCCGCCGCCGCCGCCGCCGCCGUCUCCUCCGGUGCUUCCUCGUGCCGGUAGUGGUAUAGAGGCGGGCCGAGCGCCGGCGGAACUCAGUGCCGGCAGAACCGUCGAAGCAGUCGCAGCCGGUCGAGCUACGGCUGGCGUAUCACUGGUGGGGGAACGGCAAAGGAAAGCAGGCGCAGUCGCGGCGGACGGAGCACCGGCGCAGCACCACCAGCACCAGCUGACCGUAAACAAGAGCGGCCUGAGGCCGAGUAGACCAACGGAAGCGGCCGGCAGGGGCGCCGUCCGAUGGAAUCACACUAGGACCAGGAGCGCAGACCUAGAGGGCUUUGGGGACAGGAGGUUCCUGCGGAAGUCGGCGAGCGCGGUGCUGAACCAGCGCAUCGGAGGCGGUCAGGAGGAGGAAGUCGGCUCGGCUAAGAGGCGGAGGCUGGCGAAUGGGCAGCCCGCCGCUUCCGGCAGGAGGCUGAAGGCUGCCAAGGGCCCGGAGGACCCCCGUACGUGGAGGGGCCCUGUGAAUGGAUCCGUGAGCACCUCACCGAAGGACCCAGGGGAUGAGGCCGCUGUGAGUAGCACAAUCGGCAACAGGACACCGGCGGACAGCAUCGCGAUGGAGCAGAGGACCCAGCCGAGCGUCGAGGCGACCGAGCCGACCACCACUCAGCAGCCGGUCGUCGACGCCGACAAUUUCACCGGGCCCGCCGAGCCGGAUGCCAGGGCCCGAUUAAACUUGUCGCCGAGUGAAAAGGAAAGCGUGCCGGCGAGCGGGGCCAGUGCUCCGGGGAGCGGAAGCGGCUCGCCGACCGUGACAGUGACCGCCGCGGCGGCCGGCGAGACGGCCGAGCCGCCGAAAGGGACCGCCGCCGGGUCACCGGUCCCAGUUUUUCCAGUUACACCGAGAAUAAUCGCGGAAACGGCCGAGAACGAGACUUUCACCUUGCCGGCGACCGGCUCGGUCGCCGGCCGCGACGCGAACCAACUGACGGACGGCGGGGCUCACGGGCCCGGCUCGUUCGAGGUGGCGAACAUGGACCCGUCGGAGAUCCAGAAGAUGUACCGGUCGAAGAACGUCAGUGAGGCGACCACGCCGGCGACCACCGUGCAGAUCGAGGUCUCGACGACGCCGUUCGAGGAGAGCACCGUGGGCCCGGACUCCCGGAAACGGCUGGCCGGCGAGCGGUCGCCGGAAGUCAGGGGCCGCAACCUGUCCGACAAGUCGAGGGACAAGGACGACGUGCUACCGAUCAUGCAGCUGUACAAUGACUCGGAUAUUUUGAACGGUAGUGGGCCCAUGCACACGUUCGGGCCCGACCGACGGGCCGAGCUGCCGACCCAGAAGCCGCGGGUCCCCGUGACGACCGAAGAAGCCAACGAGACGACAGCGAAAACUGUGACGAACGAAACCACCGCUGGGCCCACCCGUGGGCCCGUUACGGAGACCACGAGGAAGGACAGACACGAGGACAACCGCGAGUCCUCCGGCGGCCACGUUCCGCCGACGGGCCCCGGCAGAGGAUCGAACCGGACCAGGCACAGGCCCGUCUAUCACCACGCGAUCCUGCCGGAAUACAACGUCUCCGUGUACUCGGACGAACUGAACAGGACGUUCUUCGAGGCCGGGCUGAUCUCGGUCAGUCCUAGGGAGUCGGUGAAUAUCAGUGAAGUGAUAUCGAAGCGGCACGACGGCGACGCCAUCGCGUCCCAGGAGACCGUCGCCGUGGUCAGCUACAUACUGGCGACCCUCGUCGUAUUCCCGAUCGCCGUCGGCGUCGGGCUAAUUCUCAGAAGACUGAUACUUAGGAAUCGUAAGGUGCUCGAGGAGUCGGACACGUCGUCGGAGAUCAGUUGCCGGAAGGACGCGCUGAACCUUGAAAACGGUGACUUCAAAACAUCGAUAGAAAAAGCGAUCACGAAGCUGCCGAGGAUACAACACUUGUGUCACGAAGCGGAGAAACCUCCGCCCCCGUCGUCGCAGGAAUCCAGAUGGGAGUUUCCUAGAGAUAAGCUAAGGUUACAGACGGUCCUCGGGCAAGGAAACUUCGGCCAGGUCUGGAAGGCCGAGGCUGACGACUUGACCGGUCAUCAAGGAACGACCCGUUUAGUUGCCGUCAAAACGGUGAAGGAAGGUGCUUCCGACAGAGAGGAGGAGGACCUGGUUCGGGAGCUCGAGAUCAUGCAACAGCUUGGCAGCCAUCCGAACGUCGUUACGCUCUUGGGCUGUUGCACCGAACAAGAGCCCCAUUACCUUAUACUCGAAUACGUGAUGUACGGGAAACUGCUGGCCUAUCUGCGCGACCACCGCACCAGACAGGACUUCUACAACUUCAGCGAGGACUCCGCCGCGCUGACGUCCAGGGACUUAACCGUUUUCGGGUACUGCGUGGCCAGAGGCAUGGAGUAUCUCGCGUCGAAAAAGAUCAUCCACCGGGAUCUCGCCGCGAGGAACGUCCUGGUCGACCACAACAAGCUCUGCAAGAUCGCCGACUUCGGCAUGUCCAGAUUCGCGAACGAGAACGGGGAGGUGAUCGAGACGAGGCACGGCAGGAACGCCCUGCCGAUCAGGUGGAUGGCACCGGAGUCGUUGAUCUACUCGCUCUUCACGACCAAGACCGACGUAUGGAGCUUCGGGAUACUGAUGUGGGAGAUCGUCACUCUGGGUUCGACACCGUAUCCAGACAUGACGGCCAGAGAAGUGAUGCGUAACGUGCAGAACGGUUAUCGGCUGGAGAGGCCCUCGCACUGCCGCAGCGAGUUGUUCAGGGUGAUAUCCCGAUGCUGGCACGCCGAUCCAGAACGCAGGCCGGAAUUCCAGACGCUGAGGAGGGACCUGGCGCAGCUGCUCGAGGACAAUCUGAACGGGCAUUACGUCGAUCUCGAGAGCUUCGCGUCCGAGUGCACCGACUGAUGACGACCGGAUCGCCGGACGUGGUCCGUGGAUCGGUGGAAAAGGUCGGCUCGGUGGUCGCCCGGAUAGUCGGUCGUCGAACUGUCCGCUUGAGCGGAAACGAGGCCCAGCCGAGCGAAGCUGUUGGACGAUGUUUCGCCCUCUCAGAGAUCGACUAUCCGAGACCAUUGCGAACGCGUUGUGUUCGAGCAGAGCUGCGGAAGAAAAUUUCGAAAUAGUAAAUACAGUAUGUGCUUCUCCCUGAUUUAUGAACGGAUUGUGCAGAGAAAUGGACAAUUUUGGGAAUUGACAUGUUAUGGUCAAUUAGGGAGAAUUCAAUGUGGACUGCAAAAAUAUUCGUGUCUUUUCAUGUAACACAGAGUUUGGCAGAUUCAUCGGGACGGACGAGUGGUUUGCUUGCAUUUUAACAGAUGAUGGUUCAAAAUGAAUAAAAUAAGAAAACAAGAAAAAAAAGAAAUAAGUAGAAGAAAACAAAAUAAAUGUUCUGUAAGAAAACUGAAGUUAUUUGUGACUCUCAUCAGCUAUUUGUAACUACGUAUGGAAAUGCGUGUAUGUGUGUGGUAUUUUUCAAAUAUAUACAUUAAUAUAUAUUAUAUAUUAUACAUAUAUUAAUAUAUAUU